AUGAACUACAACAGGCGCCCGCAGAGGACGAUCAAGGAUGUGCCGAUAUCACUUGUUUACGAGAGUUUGUUAGAAGAGCUGACGAGCGAUAAUAAGACGUUUGAGCUGCUGGAUGCAGGUCCAGGUCAAGCCACUGAGUCGGUGCUGGAUCUACCUGUAUAUCAGAACCACCGCGGAGUCAUUCAGGCCCGUAGGAACAAAGAGCGGCUUCCUGUUCCAUUGGGUUUCUACUUGGACGGCGUGAACUAUCGCGCCCAGGCGGCUUGCAAGAUGUGCGAGGUGCACGUGCGGUUGACAUCACUUUCUAGCAGGAAGGCCCUUGUACGAGCGUUGAAGUGGCGCAAGGGUGGGGUCGGCGUGGGUGGGCGAGUCGUGGACUACGAUCUAGAGGUAGCUGGAGUCCACCUCCAGGCGGGGGACCGUCUUGAGCCGUCCAAGGAAGUUCUGGAUGUGGCUGCACUCGAGCGUCUUCCUUUGCCGCGGAACGUUGUUUUCUGGAGAGCUAGGCGAGACCACAAGCAGAGGCUUCUCGACUCGGUGACGCAUCGCUGCGUCCUCUUCGACGACGGCUUGGACACGUCGCCUCACAAGAGCUUAGCGGUGGACGCCCUGCACUGCCUCUACUUCGGGCCCGUCAUGAGGUUCGUGAGUUCGUCCCUCUGGAGGCUCAUCUUGAAAAACGUGUGGCGCUUCACUGGCACUCUCGAGCAGGUGAUCGAGCUUGGGUCCAGGCAGCUUGGGGCAGAGCUGCAGCAGUGGCAGGAGGCGCAGAAUAUCCCUCACUCAGCUCGCCUGGCCACCCUGUCGGCGAAGAUGCUGGGGAA